CUCGAAGAUUCUCAAAGAAGCUUUGAUUCAGCAGAGGGAGAUUGAAGAGGAGGCCGAGGAAAGAAAUCCUACCAGAGAAGGGUUUGCUGACGAAGCCAGGCACGGCGGGGGAGAAGAGGAAGACAACGAUGCCGAUAUUUUGAGGUGAAUUCACUUCUACGCAACAAACUGCCUUUCCAUUACAGCAGCCAGAUGGAUGGAGUUUUAGUUGUUUAAUUUCCUUUUUGGCAGGGGGAGAUUGACGAGGGAGAUGAGAGAAUAUUGGAGGCUUUCUUAUCAAAGGGUAGUCUGGAACAUACACUUGCAAAUAUCAUUGUUGAAAAGAUCAAGGAGAAGGUUGCUCAAGUUUCUUCAGAAUCGUGGCCUUUCCCCAAAAUGGACAGCUCGGUGAUAGAUUUUUACAAAGGGUAAUGAUAUGUGUUUUCCCCCUUACUUUGCAUGAUUUCUGAGACAAUGUAAUGUGGUGAAGAUUUAAGCAGCUUGAGUACUCGUAGUCCUUGUUUAAUUUUGUUUUUUAUUGUAACCCUUCAGGGUUGGUGAGUUCAUGAGUAAAUAAACUACUGGGAAAUUUCCAAAAGCAUUCAGAAAGAUCACUACCAUGCAACAUUGGGAAGAUGUCUUGUACCUGACCGAUCCUGAGAAAUGGUCGCCAAAUGGGAUGUAUCAAGCUACAAGGAUCUUGGCUUCAAACUUGGAUGCGAAGAAGGCCGAGCGGUUUUGUAGACUAGUUUUGCUUCCUCGAAUUAGGGAUGUCAUUAAGAAGAAUAAGAGAUUGCAUUUUGCUCUUUAUCAGGCCUUGAAAAAGGCUAUUUUCGAACCUGCUGCAUUUAACAAGGGAAUAUUGUUUCCAUUGUGCAAGUCAGGCACAUGCAAUCUUAGAGAAGCAGUCAUUGUUGGAAGUGUUACUCAAAAGUUCACCAUUCCUGCGCUUCAUUCCAUACUAUCUUGCUGGAGCUUGCAGAAAUGGAGUAUUGCGGCACGACAAGCUUCUUUUGGAAAAGAAUAUGCACUGCCAUAUCAUGUUAUCGAGGGACUUAUUGCCCAUUACACGAGAUUUAUGGAGGAUUCAAGGAUCUUGCCUGCAAUUUGGCAUCAAUCACUACUGGCAUUUGUUCAAAGGUAAUUCCUGAAAUUGUUAGAGAACUAGACAACAGCCGGAAAUGGGGGGAAAAGGAGGAUGAUCUUAUGGCAACAAAUAUCCUCUGGUUAUGAAUUACUUUGGCAGUUUCAUUACCUUUUAACUGCUGAACUCUGUCGUCUUCAUUACAUCUGAGUAGUCUGACUUCAUUCCGUGAAUCCCUUAACUUCAAAUUACCAUCUGUUUUUGUAAUCAGUAAGACCAUCGAGGAAGACCGGUUCAAUAUACCAGAAGUGCCCAUGGCGGAGGAUUAAGGUUUUACAUCCUUCCUUAAUUCUAUUGCCAUUUUCUUAUCUGUCGAUGGUUAGGUCGUUCUCGGCUUCUCGCUUGAUAGUUCUUCAACCUGAGUUGUCUUUCCGCCCCAUGAAUCACCACACCAGGGCAUUCUGCUACUGUGAGGAAGUGAUGUGCUUGGCUACCAGUGGGGAGUCCGGAGAACAAAUUUUUUGAUUUGUGAGUUGUGAAUGCAUUUAUGAUUAGAUUUAGGCGGUUGGAUGAGAAACAAGAGCGGUUUCUAUUUUAUGCAUGAGUUUUUAGUUUUUACUGCCUAUCGUGGGAUGUCUUAGCAAUUAUUAUAAGAUCUUCCUAGAUGAAAUGUAAAACUAUCAGCACUUGUUUGAAACUUUUGUUUUGGUUGUUUUUUUUUUCAAAGUCAGGGGUUGAAAUAGGCAGCCAUACAAAAGAAAUAAAAAGCGCGAGAGUCGACCAAGAGUGGAACUCUCGAUGAAAGGGCCUUUUGUGCCACAAGAUGGCAACCCUAUUGAGUCGACGAAGAACAAAACAGAGAAAGGGCCUUUUGUGCCACAAGAUGGCAGCCCUAUUGAGUCGACGAAGAACAAAACAGCAAGAAACACAACAAAAAAGAGAAGCCAAGCCCCGAGUAUCCUCCAGUAAAGCUCCACCUUGAUCAUGAGUCAAGUCACCUCCGACCAUCCGCCGAAUCAGUUGUUGAUAAUCCCAUGAAAUUUGAAAGAAAAUAAAAUAAAAUGC